CGCGGUGGCGCGGGCGGGGCGGGGCCGUGGCGCGGCGGAGGAUGCUGAGCCGGCUGCAGGAGCUGCGCAGGGAGGAGGAGACGCUGCUGCGCGUGAAGGCGGCGCUGCGCGAGCAGCUCACGCGGCUCCGGGUGGAGGAGCUGGCCCUGCAAUCCAUGAUCAGGUCCAGAGAGGAGAAUGGGACGGUCCCUUCCUCAAGAGCAGCAGAGGAGAUUCAGAAGACUCUUGGGCAGAUGGACAACGAGGCUGCCAUCAACCAAACCGAGUUACACUUAAGUCUCCAAGACCACAGAGAGGAAGAAGAGGAGGAGGAGGAAUCUGAUUCUUGAGAGACGAAAAUCUGAGAUGGUUUCAAUACAGACUCAUGAGUUGCUUACUCAUUCAAACUCACCACCUGGUUUUCAUUUUGUCCUGUGCAUGGAUAUGAACUACAGAACGUGCAGGACUCCUGGGGUCUUGGGAAGUUACACUUGAACAUGUGAGUGUCAUGUCUUAGACGUUAAAAGAAUGAACAUUUGCUGCACAAAUAUGUAGCAUAAUCCCUUCCCUAUUUAAAACCUAAUGUAGCUUACUGCAUCCCUGGGUGUGGCUGGCCAAAGUCAUUAAGUCAGACUAAUUUAACAUCUAUUGCUACCAGCAAUAGUUUGUUCUUAUUUCCUGAUGCUGAGAAAUAAAACCAGGCCACAGAGGCUGGUGCUGAACCAGUGAUUGUGCUGUGACCUCAUUUGCCUCAACUGGGAAUUGCAAGGUAGGAAAAGCCAUGUCCAGGCUUUUUGGCUUCCAUGUUCUCACCCUCAGCCACAUUCUGAGCAUAGGGUUUACUCCUUCCUCUUUCUGUACCUGCUGGUGCUCUCACACACUGUCAGUCGGACCAACACAGUGAAGGGUUACCUACUUACUGCUUUUUCAGAGUAGCAGCUAAUAGCCUUGUACGUGCUCCUUGUAAUAAGGAACUAGUAUUUUUCAAUCAGUGUUACUUUCUUUUUCCUUAGUAAUUCAUAAAUAAUGCAAUUUCCCCUUCUGCUUUCAAGUCAUCUUCAAGGAGGAGUUUAAGAACUUAGUUAUAAAAUGGAAAGUGAGUCCCUCCCAUCUUUUUUAAUGGCACUGUAAGGAGCCAGUGCUGCUCUUUGACAGACAAGAUGUUUUUCCUCCUCCUGCAGUGCAGGUACCAUGUGGUGCAGCUGGUUAUUUUAUCAAUUCCUGUUUAAAACACAGAAAUCCAAACUCUCUUAAACUGAUUAAAAACAAACAAUAAAGGUAAUAUCCUAACUCA